CCAUUCUCCGUCUCUCUCUCUCUCUCUCUCUCUCUCAAUUUUGCCAGUUCCGGUUCCUUUCUCUGUCUCUCUCUUUCAAUUUUCCCGAGAAAAUUCAACACCAACAACCAAAUCAUGGAAGAAAAUCACGCUGCAGCUUUCGAAUCAAUCGCCAACGGGGACCACCUCGACGCCGCAUCCACCGCCGCAAACGACUACAACAAUACCCAUCACAGCCACGCCAACAACGACCACGGCUGGCAGAAGGUCACCGCGAAGCGCCCAAGGAAGAAGAAGGAAUCGAACGCCGAAGUAAUUAACAAUCAGAACAAGCUUGUCCCCGGCAUCGCGAGCGCCAACGGAAACGGCGUUUUCCGGUCGCUGGAGAAACAAUCGGAGGACCGGCGCCGGCGGAUUCUCGAAGCUCAGAGGGCCAAUGUCGACCUCGACGAUGUUGCUCCGGCGAGAUCGAAGCUCAGGUCCGACGACGAGGAUGUGGAUAAUAGCGAUGAUGAAGCUGCGGCGCAGAACGUGAAGGCCGAGGAGGCGAAGAAAUCCAAGCCUAAGAAGCCGAAGAAACCUAAGGUCACGCUGGCCGAGGCGGCGGCUAAGAUCGACGAGGCGAACGAUCUCGCUGCAUUCCUCAUUGACAUUUCGGCGUCGUACGAGUCGAAGGAGGACAUACAGUUGAUGCGUUUCGCGGACUAUUUCGGCCGUGCAUUCUCUGCGGUGUCUGCCUCUCAGUUUCCAUGGGUGAAGAUGUUCAAGGAGUCAUCGGUUGCCAAGCUUGCCGAUAUCCCCCUUUCUCAUAUUUCUGAAGAUGUUUAUAAGACAUCAAUUGACUGGAUCAACCAGCGUUCUGUUGAGGCCCUUGGGUCUUUUAUAUUAUGGUCCUUAGACAGCAUUCUUGCAGACCUAGCGAGCCAAGUUUCUGGCACAAAGGGCAAGAAGGCUGUGCAGAAUGUGUCUUCAAAAUCUCAGGUUGCGAUAUUUGUGGUUGUAGCAAUGGUAUUGCGAAGAAAACCCGAUGUCUUGAUUAGUAUAUUGCCAACACUGAGAGAAAAUUCAAAGUAUCAAGGACAAGAUAAGCUUCCAGUAAUUAUAUGGAUGAUAGUUCAGGCUAGUCAAGGGGACCUCGCCGUUGGGUUGCAUGCAUGGGCCCGCAAUGUGUUGCCUCUAGUCUGUGGAAAAAGUAGUAAUCCACAGUCCCGGGAUCUUGUUUUGCAGUUAGUGGAGAGAAUUCUGUCUAUGCCUAAGGCUCGUACUAUUUUAGUAAAUAGUGCUGUUAGGAAGGGGGAGCGUUUGGUGCCACCUUCUUCAUUAGAGAUACUUAUGGGAGUUACCUUUCCUGCACAUUCAGCUAGAGUAAAGGCCACCGAAAGGUUCGAGGCUAUAUAUCCAACCCUAAAAGCGGUCGCUCUAGCUGGCGCCCCUGGAAGCAAAGCAAUGAAACAAGUUUCGCAGCAGAUAAUGAGUUUUGCAGUCAAAGCUGCAGGAGAAAGUAUACCUGAGCUAUCCAAUGAAGCAACUGGAAUUUUCAUUUGGUGUUUGACCCAACAUGCUGAUUGCUUCAAGCAGUGGGACAAGGUCUACGAGGAAAACUUAGAAGUGAGUGUCGCUAUUCUGAAGAAACUUUCUAACCAAUGGAAGGAACAUUCUGCAAACCUCUCUCCUCUUGAUCCUAUGAGGGAAGCUCUCAAAAGUUUUAUGCGCAAGAAUAAGAAGGCAUUGGCUGGUGAGGCGGAGGAUGUACACCGAGAAAAGCUUAGCAAGGAAGCAGACAAGUAUUGUAAGACAUUAUUGGGAAAGCUAUCACAGGGUAGCGGGUGCAAGAAGACUCUGGCCGUUGCUGUUGUAGCCUUGGCUGUUGGUGCUGCUGUCAUGUCCCCGAACAUGGAAUCUUGGGAGUUGGAGUUGAAGAAACUAACUGCGACCAUCAGCUCUUUCUUUGAAUGAACUGUGAUUUCCAGUUCUGAAAAUCCUAUCUUAGCAGCAUGAGCGAAGCAGGUUUAGAAGCUGACGGUGCAAAGUACCGACUUAAAAUUUUCUCUUACAAAACUGAGUAUGAUGAAGAAAAGUUCGGCUGAUUUACUUCAGAAUAAGGCGGCGACAGAGACGAAGCUCUAUUUAUACUUGUAUCCCGACGGGAUACAGAACUAGACGUAGUUGAAGGUCAAUACUUGCUCCAAGGUUUAAUUUCGUUUGAGUUUUUUUUUUCGGUGCAACUUUUCAUGUUUAUUUAGAUCCUUUUUAAGUUAUUCACCGCUAACAUCUACAAUUACCAGCGAUAUGUUCGUGAGAACUUUGAGACGGAUACAAAUAUGUAUUCUCGGAUUAGUGUUUUGUUCGAAAAGGAAUUUGAAUUCAAGGUUUGAUUCUUCGUUACA